GUCCCGGGACUCGCUGCCAUGGCCCCCGCCAACUCCUCCCGCAACUUCUCCGCUCCGGAGGCUCGGAACGGCUCAGCAGAGAAGCCAGUACCAUACACCAACGUGAUCAUGCCCAGUCUCUUCAGCAUCAUCUGCUUCUUGGGCAUUGUGGGGAACCUCAUUGUCAUCUACACUAUCAUUAAGAAGAAGAAGCUGAGGUGCAAACAGACCGUGCCCGACAUUUUCAUCUUCAACCUCUCCAUUGUGGACCUCCUCUUCCUCCUGGGCAUGCCCUUCCUCAUCCACCAGCUCCUAGGCAAUGGCUCGUGGUACUUUGGAGCUCCCCUGUGCACCAUCAUCACCGCCCUGGACAUGAACAGCCAGAUCACCAGCACCAACAUCCUCACGGUGAUGACGCUGGACCGCUACCUGGCCACUGUUUACCCCCUAAAAUCUACCUACGUCCGGACCCCGUGCGUGGCAGCUCUAGUUAUCUGCUUGGUGUGGCUCCUCUCCUUCCUGACCAUCAUUCCCGUGUGGAUGUACGCGGGUCUCAUGCCCCUGGAGGACGGGACCGUCCGCUGUGCCCUCUUGCUUCCCAACCCAGAGACUGAUAUCUACUGGUUCACGCUCUAUCAGUUCACGCUGGCAUUUGCUGUGCCCUUGAUCAUCAUCUGUGUGGUGUAUUUUAAGAUCCUCCAGCACAUGGCCACCACCGUGGUCCCGCUGCCCCAGAGGAGUCUCCGGGCACGUACAAAGAAGGUGACCCGCAUGGCAGUUGCCAUCUGUUCCGCCUUUUUUAUUUGCUGGGCUCCCUUCUACAUCCUCCAGCUGGUUCACCUCGGCAUUGACACGCCAUCCAUGGCCUUCUUUUACGCCUACAACUUUGCCAUUAGCUUGGGCUACGCCAACAGCUGCCUCAACCCCUUCCUCUACAUCGCCCUCAGCGAGACCUUCAAGCGCCAGUUCUUGGUGGCCAUCCGCCCUGCAAAAGAGCCCUGUCGCAACAGCAGCUCUGCCAACAACAACAGCAUGACAGAGGCCAGCGUGUGUCUGAAACUGGCACCAGAAUCCACCCAGCAGACUCAGUUCCUGGAGGACUUUUCCCCACGGUCACCGCGGGUCACUGUGGCUGUUCACUAGGGCGCUCUGAAGCGCCCACAGCUCAAAGACUUCAGGUCUGUAGGUGGAUGAAGAAGGCAGCAGCUUCAGGCAGCUCUUGGAGAAGCACAUGGACAAGAGAUUUCCACCUCCAAGAGCCCAGAUGUCUCCCUUUCUCACUGCAGGGCUCUGCUCCUACACUGCCCCCAGCCUACAAGACGCUGGGUACUGCUGCUGCUUUCCACUGUGCAUGGGAGGACUCUGUCACCACUGGGCCCCCAAAGAGGAUGAAUGGAAAAGAGAUAAAGGACAAAGAGGAUUUCCAAGGGGAAUAUUCACCCUGGAAGAGUAAAACCCCCUAUCAACACUGCCCAGUGAUGCCUCUUGGCCCGACUGGGGUUCCUAAGCAGCUUGUCAAUAGAGCGUCUUCAUUCAGAACUUGAGCCUUUGAAUCACAACGUCAUGUAUUUAUAAGAAAUCUGCAAACUUUGAUGGCUGUGCUGAUAUCCCAGAAGCACACAGCAGACAGAGAUCUUGGGGUCAGAAGUCUCACCCAGACUUGGCCUUUCGGUCCAGUUCUGUCUGCCUCCGGUGGGCUGUAUUGUUUGGCAAGCAAGACGCUUUCAAGAAUUGGUUCAUUUUGAUGCUAAUUCUAAAUAUUUCAAGCAAAAUCAGGCAGAUAAUAAUCGCACUGCUUCAAGGGACUGCGAAAAAUUCUCAAAACUACUGCUGCUAACACCAGCUUUGUUGCUUUUCACGCCAAUGAGCAGAUUUUCACGUUUUCAUUUCCUCAUGCUGCUCUUGUGCCUCACAGUCUGCAUGGCCUUGGGGGAACCCCACACAGAGGGUUUUAGACAGGACUAAGAAACACAACGUGCAGAGCUCUGCGGAGCGAGGAGCUGUGAAAGAGCAGCUCAGGGAGAGCAGAGUUGCUCACGCAGCUUCCUCAAAAUAACAAACGCUUUACACGAAGUUAAGAGAGGGAAAAUUAAAUGCCUGUGUGUUGUAUACGCAGCUUUAACAGUUGGAGGUUAGGAAAUAACCUCGCUCAUUGUAAAGACUGGAGAAAAGACAGCACAGAUCAGCUAAAAGCAGGGAUUACACCAACAGCCUGUGCCGGGCUCUGUGGGGACACACAUUGUUCAGCACUUUGUCAAACAUGAAGGAACUGGUUACUGUAGAUGGAUUUACUAUAAAGAAUUAAAAACAUCAAACAGUUCAAAGGAAUUUGUUACCAUGCUUAUGGUCUCAACAGCAGCAGCCACCCACGAUACACCCAGAACAG